GAACAUCGCAGUUUUCUAAGGUCACUGGAUUUGACUGGAUUAGAAAUCAGAAUAAGCUGUGUGAGGAGUUUGUGUGGUUAUUUUUAUUAAUUAAUUAAGUAAAAUACAAGUAUUUUGUCUGAAAUUUUAGAGUAUUUUGUACAAUUUCCAUUGGCAUCAGUUUCUUAGUGGCGUUAAUCAAGUUUAGUCUUUGUCACUGACGAAAGAAGAGCUUUUCGGGGUCAAAGGUGUUGAGCAGUUUUGGUGGAUUUUUCUAGAAUUUUAUAAACUUUUAUAGUAAAUAUGCAGCCUAUUGCGUACGUAGUAAAAAAUGCUAUCCCCAAUUAUUUAUCCAAUUUACCUAUUCCCGAUUCAGUUGGAGGAUGGUUUAGGUUAGGAUUUAAAGAUUGGCUAGCUCUGAUUCCACCCACAGCUCUGGCAGCUGGUUUCACCUAUAUCUCAUAUAAAGCUUUCUGUCCACAUGGUCGUCCUCCACCAUGCUCGAAAGUGAAUCCAGAUAUUCUCAAGAGAAAUGAAAAAGUAGUUGAUGCAGUUGAUGUAGAAGAUAUUGCAGAAAAAGCUGUAUUCUGCAGGUGCUGGAGGAGCAAAAAUUGGCCAUAUUGUGAUGGCAGUCAUGGCGAACACAACAAACUAACCGGCGACAAUGUUGGACCUCUGAUAGUCAAAAAGAAGUAGAACCAACAGCAAAAACUUCCUAGUUGAAUUUUAGUUGUGUAUAUUUUAAUGAGGGUUUUAUCUUCACAUUUUCAUUUUUCCAAGAUUCCUUAUAGAUUGUUGUUGAUUAUAGUAAUAUUUUUUUGAGUUAACAAUAAUUAUUAUGUAGCAAAAA